AUGACUUCCCCAUUUGUCGUGGUCGCCGGUGCCUCUGGUGGAUUAGGCCAGCUUGUCGCAAUGGCACUGAUUAACCGAGGCGUGGCCGUGAAGGCCCUCGUCCGCCCCAACACCGAUCCCUCCCGCACCGAAAAGCUCCGCCAUGCUGGCGUGACCAUCGCUUCAGUGGAUCUCCGCGCGGUCCCAGCUCUCACACACGAACUGAAUGGAGCCAUCUGUGUCGUUUCGACGCUCCAGGGACUGAGAGAUGUCAUCCACGACGUUCAGAGCAAACUCCUCGAGGCCUCUGUGGCCGCAAAGGUGCCUAGGUUCAUUCCUUCGGACUUCUCCCUCGACUUCACGAAGACAAAGCCUGGAUCCAACCGCAACCUCGACCUACGCCGCGAGUUCCAUGCUCAGUUGAAGACGUCCGGUAUCAAAUGGACGAGUAUCCUCAACGGCGGCUUCAUGGAUCUCUUGGUCGGCGAUUCGUCGAUGAUCAACCACAAAAGCCGGAAGGUAGCAUAUAUCGGGCAGACGACACAGCUGCUCGAUUUUACCACCAUGGUAGACACGGCUGCAUACACGGCUGCUGUGGCCGUAGACCCUAAUCCUGCGCCCAAUUUCCUCCGCAUUGCUAGCGAUACCGUCAACGUGAAUGAUAUCGCCCAGGCGCAGACCAAUAUCGAAGGGGUACAAUAUAAGCCCUCAUGGAUGGGCACGGUGGGUACUAUGGAUUUUAUGAUCCGGUUUAUGCGUCUGUUUGGUGGUGAAAAUGAGAUAUUCCCUGCUUGGCAGGGCAUGCAAUACAUGGCGAACAUGUUCUCUGGGGCUGGCAAACUUGACCCGCUCGAUAAUGAUCGAUACCCCGACCUGACUUGGACUAAAACCGAGGAUUUCUUCCGAGAGCGCAAGGGCCAGGCAUGA